UCCGGGUCCCCCUAGAGCACCGCUGCUCUGCGCCCUGACUCUCCCCCGGGUUGAAAUGGGGGAAAUGGGGACCCCCCCACACCAGGACGGGCUGGAAUUGGGAUCAGGGCUACCCCAGCUCCGUGCCCCUCCGGGUUCUAGCGCGGCGAGAGCCCGGGAGCCGCCGCGUCCGCUCCGGGUCCCUUUACGCGCAACAGCCGCCUGCGCGCUCCGGGCGCUCGAGCAACGGGCCUUUCAAAUGCGCGGUAACUAUGUAGCGAAAACAACUCUGCUGUAUCCCCGGGUCCCGUCUGGGGUGCUUUGAAUCACCCUACAUGUAACCUUUUAGUAUGUAAGUGCCCCGAUGCCCAAAUCUUCCCGGGCCCCCCCACCCUCUCCAACAUGGCGCAGCCGGAACAACCGGGACUUUUGGUACCUUCGACCCCGGGAAAGGGAGGCGCCUGCACAAAACCUGAACGCCCCGCCUUGUACCCCGCCCUUCACUGAGGACUGCUGGCCGGUUCUAGUCACUGUGUGUUUCCUCCUGAAGAUUUGCGAAUUAAAAGCAGCCGGUGCCUUUCAACCAAAUAUACUCCUGAUAAUGGCCGACGACCUUGGCAUUGGGGACCUCGGUUGCUAUGGGAACGACACACUGAGGACGCCCAACAUCGACCGGCUGGCACGGGAAGGCGUGAGGCUCACCCAGCACCUGGCGGCCGCCCCCAUCUGCACCCCGAGCAGAGCUGCUUUCCUGACUGGGAGACACGCUUUCAGAUCAGGCAUGGACGCCAGCGACGGAGGAUUGCGGGCCCUUACCUGGAUCGGGGGCUCUGGCGGACUCCCCGAGAAUGAAACCACGUUUGCAAGAAUCCUGCAACAGCGCGGUUACGCAACAGGCCUCAUAGGAAAAUGGCACCAGGGUGUCAACUGUGAAUCCCGUACAGACUUCUGCCACCACCCCCUCAGCCACGGAUUCGACUAUUUUUACGGGAUGCCUUUCACGCUGGUGACGGACUGUGACCCAGACUAUCCACCCCAGCUGCAUGUGGCUCUGAGAAUGAAGCUCUGGUGUUACACCCAGUGGCUGGCCUUGGGGAUCUUGACCAUGGCAGCCGGCAAGGCCUGCGGGCUCAUCUCUGUUUCCUGGGGAGCGGUCGUGGGGGCAGCCAUCCUCUUCUCUCUGUUUUUCGUCGCCUGGUACUCCAGCCUAGGGUUCGUGAGGCGCUGGAAUUGCAUCCUGAUGAGAAACCAUGACGUCACCCAGCAGCCCAUGGUUUUGGAGAGAGUAACAAGCCUUCUGCUAAAAGAAACAGUUUCCUAUAUUGAAAGGAAUAAACACCGGCCAUUCCUACUCUUUGUUUCCUUGCUGCAUGUGCAUGUCCCCCUUACGGUCACAAAGGAGUUUCUCGGGAAGAGCCAGCAUGGUUUAUAUGGAGACUGUGUGCAGGAGAUGGACUGGCUUGUAGGUAAAAUUCUCGAUGCCCUUGAAGAGAAUGGUCUGACAAACCGGACGCUCACGUAUUUCACCUCGGACCACGGAGGGCAUUUGGAGGAGAGAGAUGACAGGCACGGCCAGCAGGGGGGAUGGAAUGGAAUAUACAGAGGUGGUAAAGCCAUGGGAGGCUGGGAAGGUGGGAUCCGUGUCCCCGGGAUAUUCCGGUGGCCCGGAGUCCUGCCUGCAGGCCAGGUGAUCCAUGAGCCCACCAGCCUGAUGGACGUGUUUCCCACCGUGGUCCAGCUGGCGGGCGGCGAGGUGCCCCAGGACAGGGUGAUUGAUGGCCGUAGCCUGCUGCCCUUGGUGCAGGGCACUGCCGAGCACUCGGCACACGAGUUCCUGUUUCAUUACUGUGGGGUGGAUCUCCAUGCAGUGCGCUGGCACCAGAAGGACAGUGGACGGCUGUGGAAAGUUCACUACAUGACACCGAGGUUCCACCCCCCGGGAGCCAGCGCCUGCUACGACAAAGGCUUGUGCCCCUGCUCCGGGGAGGGCGUGGACCAGCACAGCCCCCCUUUGCUCUUUGACCUCUCUAAAGACCCCUCAGAGGCACAGCCUCUGUCCCCCGGCUCUGAGCCCCUGUACCACAUGGUGGUCGCCAGGGUGGGUGAGGCGGUGGAGGAGCACAGAGCGACGCUGAGUCCCGUGGUCUCUCAGCUCUCCCUAAGCCACAUCAUUUGGAAGCCGUGGCUUCAGCCCUGCUGUGGGACCUUCCCUUUCUGCUCCUGCGACCAGGAUGGAGACCAUGGGGAGAUGUGACCUCGCGUGGUCAGGGUGGCUGCCGCCAGGAACAUAGCGCAACACCUGUUGGCAAUGAUGUGGAGAAAAGGGAACCUCCGUGCGCUGUUGAUGAGAAUGCAGACUGGGGCAGACACCAUGGAAACAGUAGGGAGGGGCCUCAAGAAAUUAAAAAUGGAACCGUCGUUGGACCCAGGGACCCCACUUUUGGGUAUUUUUCUUUAAAUAAGUUUUUAUUCAUUUCCGGGAGAGGGAGAGAGAGAGAAACAUCA